GGUUUUUCACCCUCAUCGAUCGGUUUACAUAUGAGAGUCCCCAGGUCUCGAGUCCCCUGUUCUCUCUGCCACCCCCAUCCCCAAGUAGAUUAGGACGGCGGACUGCGAUCCGACUGCGCUGAACCUCACUCUGCUCCCCUCCCACCAUCCUUUUCUGCUUCAUCUCUUCUCGACUAUAUCACCGGCGGUCGGCCUCGGUGGUUCAUCAUGUCGACCCCCUCCACCGCGACUGCGACUCACCCUACGCAUCAUCAUCCUCAUCAGCAACCGUACCCAUACGUCCACCCUCCCUACCAACCCAAUACGUCUUUUCCGACCACGUCCGCUGCAGGGGCCGCUCGCCUGCCGACCUCCUAUCCCUACGCCGUCAAUCCCUCCACGGCCACCCUCCCUUUCGCUCAAUCCCCAAAGAUCCUGCCGACCGUCCCGACGCCGCCGACCACAAUGCCUCCCUCCCACAACGGGGUUGCCGCCGACACCCCGACACAGAACGGCCGACGGAAAAAUCCGGACUGGAACGAAUUCUACAAGAACGGCAUCCCCAAGGAGGUCAUCGUCAUCGAUGACACCCCUCCCCCGGAACAGUCCAAGGCGCCCUCGACUCGCAGUUUUGCGACAACCUCCACCGUGACGGCUCCCACCGCCGCCGCCUUGCCCCAGCCGGCGGGUAAGAGACGCCGCACCGGCAUAGAGACCACCUACGACCUGGGCUACUACGAUCGUCCCUCCUACUCGAUCAACCCGCAGCACUACGGCGAGGAAUCCUCCGCCGCCUCCAUAUCCACCGAUCGAACCACGUCCUUACAUACUACUGCACCCACGUCGCUGUCCCAAGGGAGUUCGGGGGCGAGCAACGGGGUGUUCUUUGAAGAUGCCAAUAUUGGCCAGAAACGCAAGCGUGUCGCCACGCGAAAGGCCGUUCGGGAUGAACAAAAGCGGCGGGAACUGGAGCACGUGGGUGAUGCGUUUUUGAGCUACGUGCCUCCUCCGAAGCCUCCCAUCAAGGCGAAAGAUGUUCCUGUUCCGGUUGUCCGUGACUACGUCAAUAGAAAUGAAAAGGUUGAUGAUAACGAUGGUCACUAUAUUGUGACUGCCGAAUCCCCAUUGACCGACCGAUACUCCAUCAUCAAACUCCUCGGACAAGGAACCUUUGGAAAGGUGGUCGAGGCGUAUGAUAAGCACCGCAAGUCUCGGUGCGCAGUGAAGAUCAUCCGGUCGAUUCAAAAAUACCGGGAUGCAUCGCGGAUCGAACUGCGAGUGUUGUCCACGCUCUCUUCGAACGAUAAGCAAAACCGCAACAAAUGCAUCCACCUGCGGGAUUGCUUCGACUACCGCAACCACAUCUGCAUUGUCACCGAUCUGCUCGGACAAAGUGUGUUCGACUUCUUGAAAGGGAACGGCUUUGUUCCGUUCCCCAGUAGCCAGAUCCAGAACUUUGCUCGACAGCUCUUCACGAGUGUAGCCUUUCUCCAUGACCUCAACCUCAUUCAUACCGACCUCAAGCCCGAGAACAUCCUCCUGGUCAGCAACUCCUAUCAGACCUUUACCUACAACCGAACCAUCCCGUCUUCCUCCCACGCCAUUACUCGCACUGCACGGCAACGACGUGUCUUGUUGGAUAGCGAGAUCCGUCUGAUCGAUUUUGGCUCUGCCACUUUCGACGAUGAGUAUCACUCGUCGGUCGUGUCUACUAGGCACUAUCGGGCCCCGGAGAUUAUCCUGAAUCUGGGCUGGAGUUUCCCCUGCGACAUCUGGAGCAUCGGGUGCAUCCUGGUGGAAUUCUUCACCGGGGACGCGUUGUUCCAGACGCAUGAUAACCUCGAACAUCUAGCGAUGAUGGAGGCGGUGAUCGGCGAGCGAAUUGACACUCGCCUCGUGCGGCAAGUGAUGCAAGGUGGACGAAGUGGGAGUCAGAACCAGUCGGCCAAAUACUUCAACCGGAGCCGACUCGAUUAUCCGAAUGGAGAGACUACCCGAGCGUCGCGCAAGUACGUACGCGCCAUGAAACAACUCACGGAAUUCAUCCCCACCAAUAACCAGUUCCACCGACAAUUCCUCGACCUUCUGCAACGCAUCUUCGUCUACGAUCCCAAGAACCGCAUCACCGCCAAGGAGGCUUUGAAGCACGCGUGGUUCAAAGAGUCUUUGGUGGAUGAUGGCACGGAAGCGUUGCGGAUUGGGGAACAGCUGCAGAGGAACCAACGCCAGUAGACGUGUAUCCGGUCAAUCUGGCACCGGUUCCCUGCGAUUGUUGUAUGGCUAGGAGGUUCCACUGCCCCCACCUUACUUUAAUACAGCUACAGUUACGAUAGAUGGUUUCUUUUGGUUAAUGUGCAUCCAAGGCAU